AUGGCAAGAGAAUCCACGUCAGAAAUUCCAUCUGGUAUACAAAUUUAUUUAAGUCAUCCAUGGAAUUUAAUUAAAACUGGAUAUCUUAUUCUAACAUGGAUUAUGUUGGGUUUUCAUCUUGAAUUGAUUGGUCCAACAAUGCCAAUUCUUGCAGCAAAUAUCAAAGUUACGUAUAGUGGUAUGGGUUCGGUGCUUGCAUCGAGAAGUGCUGGAUAUUUAGUUGCUAAUCUUCUUGGUGCUAUUUUACAAAAUAUUGUAAAAAACCAUUCAGAAGGUCUUCUGUUUUGUGCAUUUAUUUUACCUACUAUUGCGGUUUUUGCUACUCCUUUUGUCACAUCAUUGAUAUUAAUGUGUGUUUUAUCUUUUACUCAAGGACUUUCCAAAGGUUUUACAGAUUUAGGUGGAAAUAAUCUCUUAUUGAGAAUGUGGGGUGUCAAUGCUGCAGCACCAUUAAAUUCAGUUCAUUUAGGAUAUGGACUUGAUGCUGUUUUUAUUAAUUUACUUGUUCGUCCAUUUAUUACUCAAGAAGUUUUAUCGCUCAAUGUUACAACUAAUGAAGGAAUUAAUUCAACACCUUCCAUGGUUAAUGCAACAAAAGUUAAUCCAAGCAUUAUUGUUCCAUAUUCAAUCACUGCAAUUUUAUGUUUUUUAAUUGCUGUUGGACAUAUCUUUUUUUAUGUUUCAGAAGUAAGAAAUCGAAAACAAAAAUUACAAGUCGACUAUACUUCUCUAAGCACGAAGCCAGAUAAUGCUAAUCCUUCAGUGAAUAAAGAAAAUUCUUCUCCAUAUUCUCCUCGUACAUGUGGUCAUGGAUUUUUUCAAUAUGGUUUAACUCUUUCAACAAUAUUUAUUAUUUAUACAUUUUUUAUGGGAGGAAAUUAUCAAACAUUUUCAAAAUUCUUUUUUUCUUAUCUAAAAUUUGAUAAAUUCAAUUUAUCAACUGAAGCUGCAAGUUGGGGAAUGACUCUUUAUUGGCUUUCUUAUUCUGUGUGUAUGAUCAUCUAA